AUGGCGGUAACGGCAACAGCAACAGCGGCAGCUUCCUACCAAAGUGCGCUUCCAGCUGUCACGAAUGACCUGGACGCCUCGACCGAUAUACCCCUCGGAUCAAUGGCAAGCGAGAAACCGACGGCCCUGAUCGAGGCAACCGGCGUCGGCAGCGGCACCGCUUCAACCGAUGAGGCUGCCGUGACCGACUCGGACGAGGCGGUGCAUUCUUCAGACCGAGACCUCUCCAUCACUGCGGCAGCUAUAAUCAUGGCUACAUUAGCCGGCAUCACGUUGACGAGCAGCCUGACUACCGGGUUUCUCGUCGUGGCACUUCCGAAAAUGGCCAAAGACCUUGCCAUCCCAUCUGGCCUGUUGCUUUGUCUGACGGGUGGAUGCUCUCUGCUCAUCGUCGGCACCGUGGCCGAUGUCGUCGGCAGCCGCAUCAUCUUCCUCGCGGGAUGCCUGCUGCUGGUGGGAUCCGUCCUCGGCAGCGGCCUGAGCAACACACCGACCCAGCUCAUCGCCUUCCGCGGCGUGCAGGGAAUCGCCGCCUCCAUGUUGCUGCCUACCGCCAUGAGCCUGCUCACCCUGUACUUCCCCGUCGGCAAACGUCGCAACCUCGGCUUCGCCUUGGUGGGCGCCGGUCAGCCCACGGGAUACUCAGUCGGUCUCUUCCUCGGCGGUUUCUUUGUCGACUCCAUCGGCUGGAGGUACGGCUGGUACCUGGGCGCCUGCGUCGCCUUCGUCGUCUUUCUCUCUGCGCUUUUCGGCAUGUCCAAGCACCCCAAGGACGGGGUCAGGCCGUUCACGUGGGACAAGAUCUUGCUCCGUAUCGACUGGGCCGGUGCCGUCGUCGCGAGUGCCUGCCUGGGCAUGUUCUCCUACGUCUUGGCUAUCGUCUCGGACGAUGGUCAACAGGUACGAGAACCCACCCAGAUCGUGCUGCUCUCCAUCGCCGGCGCUCUCGUCCCCGCCUUUGUGUGGUGGAUGUGGCGCCAGGAGAAGCUUGGCAAGCCUGCCUUGAUACCCAACUCCCUUUGGAAGACGGCCGCCUUCUCGUCCAUCUGUGGCAUGGUCUUCCUGACCUGGGCCAUGAUCCAGAGUCUGGAAUACGUCUUCAGCCUUUUCUUCCAGAAUGUGCAAGACCUCUCCGCACUGCAGACGUCGCUCCGUUUCAUCCCAAAUGUCGUUCUUGGCAUCAUCUUCAGCGUCGCGCUGGGCGUGAUGCUCCACCGGGUGCCGGUGUACUGGAUCGUGCUUUCGACUUGUCUCCUGUCCGCCAUCUCACCUCUGGUGAUGGCGCUGGUCGACCCGGGCUGGCCAUACUGGUAUGCCUCAUUCUGGGCCAUGCUUUUGUCUCCGCUUUCGGGUGAUACCUUGUUCGUCGUCUCUGCCUUGAUCAUCACCAGCACCUUCCCCGAGGGGACCCAAGCCCUCGCCAGCGCCGUAUUCAACACCUUCUCCCAGUUCGGCACCGCCGUCGGCUUGGCCGUGGUCGGCGUCAUCUCCUCCACCGUGUCGCAGAGUUCCCAGUCCGGUCAUCAUGCUGGGAACGACAGUGAAGACUACUCGAAGGACGAUUUGUUGAAGGGGUACAGGGCCAGCUUCUGGGCCAUGUUUGCCGCGGCGGCCCUGACUUGCGUGCUUGGGGCCCUUGGUUUGAGGAAGGUAUCGAACAAAGGCCUGAAGGCUGAGUAG